AUGCUGCGCAGAUCUCUACAUAGCUCUGUGGCUAAAAAAAAUGGAGCCAAAAUCUGGUCAGACUUCUCGAAUAGACAGGCAGCACUUUCCAUUCCAAGUGCGAAAGUGAAGUCGUAUAUUCUGGACGGUACAGUACAACAAGGGCCACCAUCAUUAAAAAGAAGAUCCAAUCGGAUAAAAUACCAGUCUCCGGAAAAAAUUGAAGAAACAUUCAAAAUAUGCUAUGAGUUUUUGGAAUCUCGGUCUGCCUCGAAGUACGCAGCUUUAGUAAAGGAAGAGGACGCCUCGAAACGCCUAGAGCUGGCCGUCGAUGCCGAACGUUACAAUCCAGAAGUGCUGUACAAUUUUCAGUACAAUGCAAAAGUAGAAAACGACCCUAGGAUCAUCGACUACAAUGUGCCAGUAUAUAGACAUCUGGGCCGUGAACAUUGGAAAUCAUACAAUCAGAUGCUAUUGAUGCAGAGACUGGAAACACUUGCGGUUAUUCCAGAUACGUUGCCAACCCUGGUGCCCAAAGCCGAAAUCAAUCUGAAAUUCCCAUUUUCAACUGGACUGAACAAAUGGGUCGAACCCGGCGAGAUUUUGUCGUCUAACGUCACCAGUCUACCUCCACUGAUCAAAAUCCAGGAGUACGACGACAUUGACCCCACAAGCCAGCUAUACACUGUCCUUAUAGUGAACCCGGAUGAACCCGACUUGGAAAAGGACUCUUUCAAGACAACUCUACAAUACGGUCUGGUUAACUUAAAACUGGGCUUUAACGAUAAUGCUGUAGAUGCGAGAAAGUUCACUCAAGAGAACGUCAUUGCGGAGUACAUGCCACCUGUUCCCGAGAAAAACGCCGGUACCCAAAGAUUUGCCGUGUGGGUGUUCAGACAACCAGAGUCGACCGAGUUGUCGCUUGAGAACAAAGUCAACAGGGAUGAUUUCGAUCUGCGCCAGUUUGUGGGCAGCAACAGACUAAAAGCUGUUGGUGCGCAUCUGUGGAGAAGCCAAUGGGAUAGCAACGUGAGCACCGUUAGGGCCAAGUACGGUAUGCCAGAGGGCCGGGUGUUCCACCGGGUGAGAAGAGCGUAA